UCACGCAUGCGCCUGCACUUUGAGGGAGCAGAUUUCGGAGAUGCAUGGAUAUUUAGCUAUGUACGCCGGCUGGGAUUUAUUUUCUUAGACACUAGAAUAAAAGAAAUACACGACAUUUAUUGAUCUACUUUAUAUGUUGGUCAGAGAUGCGUGGUAGGUGACGUAUAGUGCGUUAUAUUGGGGUGAUCUAGAAACUUACAAAAGUUUUAGAAAGCAAUGCCUCUUUAUUAUGGGACGAUGGAAACCGCUGGAUAGAGAGGAGUGCGGCCGAGCCUUGAGAUCGCACGGCGAUGAGUUACGGUGUGCCGGCCAGCUCGCUGCUGCUCUUCCGUGCCUGCGAUGAAGGCGACUACGAUGCGGCCCGGAAGAUCCUGGAGCCCGGUGCUGGCGAGUCCGGCCGGCUGCGGACGGACGCGGGCUCCGAGUGCGACCCGGGCGUCUCCCGAUCCCUGGCGCUGCCGGUGCCCGUGGAUUGCACGGACGAGGAGGGCAACACGGCGCUGCAGUUCGCCGCGGCCAGCGGACAUGAGGUGCUGGUCCGCUUCCUGCUGCGGAAGGGCGCCUCGGUGGAUAGCCACAAUCACUACGGGUGGACGCCGCUCAUGCAGGCUGCGAGAUUUGGGCAUUUAAACGUUGCCCACAUCCUGCUGGAAAACGGAGCGGAGAUCAACAGUAAGAACAGGAUGGGGGCCAGUCUGCUGACAAUGGCCGCCAGGGGGGGCCGUACCAACAUGGUCAAACUGUUGAUGGAGAGCGGGGCCUUUGUUGAUGACUAUGACCACCUGGAAAUGCCCGAGGGCAACGGCAACAACAAUAACAAUGGCAGCAGCGGGCGGGAGCCUCUGGACAUUACGGCACUGAUGGUGGCAGCCCAGCACGGGUUUGAGUCCACCGUGCGGCUGCUGUUGGAGUGGGGCGCCGAUGCCAACGUGAGCCUGAGGACCACAGGCUGGAGCUCCCUCAUGCUGGCCGUGCUCAGCGGGAAGGUGGGGGUAGCCCAGCAGCUCGUGGAGCGUGGUGCAGAUCCAGACCACCUCAACGUGCUCUCCAAAACCGCCUUCGAAAUCGCCCUCCAGCUCCAGCAGAAGGACGUGAAGAGCUACCUGGACUUGGUCACCACCGUGCGGCCGCAGUCAGCUGAUGAGAAGAAGAGGCCAGAUGUAUUCAGCGCCUUAAAAUUAGGGAGCUCCCAGCUGGUGAGGGAGAUCUUGGAAGAGGACCCGGCCCAGGUGAACUCUGCCAACGCGGACGGCGCCUCCCCGCUUAUGAUCGCAGCGGUCAGCGGGCAACUGGGGGUGGUGCAGCUGCUGGUGGAGAAGAACGGCGACAUGAACAAGCAGGACAGUGUCCACGGCUGGACUGCCCUCAUGCAGGCCACCUAUCACGGGAACAAAGAUGUUGUGAAGUAUCUACUGAACCAGGGAGCAGACGUCAAUCUUCGAGCCAAAAACGGAUACACUGCUUUUGAUCUCGUCAUGCUGCUGAAUGACCCAGAUACGGAGCUGGUGAGACUGUUGGCCUCUGUCUGCAUGCAGGUGGACAAAGACAAGGGCCGGCAGAAGACGAGGUCGUCCGUCGCGCGAUCCCGCAGCCGGCAGAGCCUGAAUGUGCCUUUCCCACCUGACGACAAGGGGGGCUUAAAGUCCUGGUGGAGCCGCAUGUCCAACCGCUUCCGGAGGUUGAAGCUGACCAGGACCCUGCGGCACGGUCUGUCCACCAAUCGACUGGCCCCAUUCCCAGGCGGCACAGAUACCCCAGAUAGCUUGGAGUCGACCAUGAGGGCGGACCGGCGGAGCAGCGGCCCGUGCGGAACAGAAACACGACCCCCCAGCCUGGGGAGCAUCGACCUCGGUACGGCGUGGACCUCCAAGAGUAAGGACAGCGGGCUUGGCAGAAGCAGCACAGAGAAGGAGGACUCUCUCAUAACCACCAUGCUCCGAAACGGUGCCCCGUUGACGAGGCUCCCCAGUGACAAGCUGAAGGCAGUGAUCCCACCCUUCCUGCCGCCGUCCAGCUUCGAGCCGUGGAACUCGGACCGCUCCCGUACCCCCAAGGAAGGCAAGGCAGAGUCGGGGGGGCGGCUUCCCAUGCCACAGAGGCCCAGCAAAGGCAACUUCAACAGCAGCGGCAGCUCCGACAUCACAUCCGUCAGUCGUGCAGUGACGAGGUCCAUCAAGUUCCCCAGCAUCACAAAGGGCCCCGCGUCUCCCUCGAACUCGGGGAACUUCAGCUACUCCCCACACUCCUCAGGGGGGUCCAACGGUGUGGCAGGUGUAAGCCGGCAUGGCGCCGACCCUCACAACCGCUCUGGGGGCAGCACAGACAACGUCCUAUCCCAGAUUGUAGCCCAAAGGAAGAAGGCCGCCGGCUUGCUUGAACAGAAGCCUCCCGCGAUGGAGACGCCGACCCCUCCCGCGCCUGACGUCACCCUCCCUGACAUUCACAGCACCCGCAGCCUGGUGGCCAGUGACGUUCACACUAGGAGGAAGAUAGACCUGAAGAAAAGGCCCCAGUCUGGGAACUCCUCUACCUCAAAGAGCACCUCCCCUACCCUGACUCCCUCCCCAUCCCCGACCCCCAAGCUCCCAGCCGGGGAUUCCUUAUCCUCCACCUCUUCACAUCCCCGGUCUAAGAGCAGCGGCGGUUCCAGCAGUGGCACUAUCACCGAUGAGGAUGAACUGUCAAGCAUUCUGAAAAAACUCUCCCUGGAAAAAUACCAGCCAAUUUUUGAAGAACAAGAGGUGGAUAUGGAGGCGUUCCUCACACUGACCGAUGGGGACUUAAAGGAGCUGGGAAUUAAAACGGACGGGCCCCGGCAGCAGAUCCUGGCCGCCAUUUCGGAGCUGAACGCCGGAAAGGGCAGAGAGAGGCAGAUCCUACAGGAAACCAUCCACAACUUCCAGUCCUCGUUUGGGAGCAGCGCUAGCAAUCCGCGCCCUCCUGGAUACCCACGUUCACCAGCAGGCUGGGUGAGACAGCAGGUGCGCACCACAAACAAGAGGUAGUGAAGGCCGGUCACCGAGGGAAAGCUGUCGGAAAACCCCAGUAACGGGAGACUGAGCGCCUGGAGGCGGGAAAGAGGCGAUGCUCCUGAACGCCGGUAUAUCGGCGACCGGCGUGGCGAUGCCCGAAAACUCUGCAGCCCAGACGCCGACACCCGCAGAGCGCAUCACCGAUGUGCUGCACACGCCUUUACCGCGGUCCUCCGAUGCCGUCCUGGGGAAGGAGGAGCGACUGUGAGGCUGAGUGAAGAAACCCCUUAAUCUCUCUGGCCGGUGUCGCAAAACGGCACACUUACUGAGAAGAAGAGUUAUCACAAAGCCGCUAUAUCAUUUUUAUUUCAUCUGAUUAAUUUUUGCGUAUAUAUAAUAUAUACACACAUUAUUAAGCCAUGACAAAUAAGUCUGUUCCUAUAUUCUGCAAAUUUGUAGUUACUCUUGAUUUGGAGAUAAUAGUACCGGUGUACAAUUUUGCUAUAUUUAAAUGAAAUAAUUGUUAUAUGAUGAAUAGCAGUGUAUUAUGAAAAGUGUAGAAUAUUAAAAAUACUGGAAAAUU